GGCAAACUCAUCCAUUUUACGUUUCUGAGCCUGUUGUGCCUGAGCUGCAGCGACGUGCUGCUGCUGUUGUUGCUGCUGCUGCUGUACUUGCUGUGCCUGUGCCUGAUGAUGAUGAUGAUGGAGCAUUUGCUGUGGAUGAUGUGGCGAGGGUUGCUGUUGAUGGCGUGUGGUGGGUAUCGGCGACUGCUGCAUGUAGCUGGGAUACGCGAAUGCUUGCUGUUGUGCUUGCUGCUGUGCUUGUUGUGGAUGCUGUUGUUGCUGAUGGUGCUGCGGCGGUAAUGCUGCAGCUGCGUUAUAGAAUGAAUGGUGGUGGUAGGCUGGAGACGAGGUCGACAUGGAAUGAUGGUCUGGAUAGGUCAUUUGUGGUGUGCCCGGUGGACGUUGUUGGUACAUGGGAUGUGCCCGGAACUGUUGUUGUUGUUGUUGUUGCUGUUGCUGCUGGACAGAUCCGCGUCUUUCUUGCUGUGGCGUGGUGGGCUGCUGUGAAGAGGGACGGCUGCUCGUGGUGCUGCUGGCGCUGCUCCACUGCUGCUGCUGUUGAGGAGGAGGAUGGUGCAACAAUUGCUGAUGGGCCUGGUGCUGUUGAUGCUGUGUGACGACGGGCGAUGUCAUUGCGUUGUCGACAUGGAACUGGUUGAAUUGUUGAUACGGGUUGAAAUCUGCCAAUGAGGAGUCAAGGAAGCUGGAUGUUUCAACCGCAGCAGCGGCGGCAGCAGCUACGGCAGCGGCAGCAGAGGCAGGCUGUUGCUGCUGUUGCUGCUGCUGUUGUGGAUGAUGAUGAUGCUGUUGCUGCUGCUGAUGAUGAUGGUGUUGUGGUUGCUGGUGUUGCUGCUGCUGAUGAUGAUGAUGAUGCUGCUG